AUUUUUGUGUCUUGUGUAUUUUGGUCGGUUGUCAUUAGAAACAAUAGUGGAAACAUUCGCCAACAUUUUUUUCCUUGUUAUAACUCAACCAUCGUCAGUUCGUGGGAGCGUGUCGUUUGAUAUCAACCGGAGCGAAUUCUUUUCCUCGUGUCGCAUAAAUUUUUCUCCCACAUUUUGUACAAAUCCGUUUCAUUUGCUAAUAAACUUUUAGAGAGUGGAUUUAAGGAUCAAAAUCAAUGCAUGAGCUUGCCAUUGGAGAGAUUCGGUCGGUAAUUUACAAAACUGGGUAAUUGCAUUGAGACAACUGCUGUGGUACAGCAAAAAAUCGUGGAAUCCAUUAAGGGCGUGAAAAUGCCCGUGAAACUCUAUUAUCUACCCGAGAGUCCGCCCUGCCGAGUGGUUUUGCUCUGUGGGAGGCUCCUAGACAUCAACUUCGAUCUCAAGACAGUUAACGUUCUCAAUGGGGAGCAACUGAAAGCAGACUUUAUACAGAUGAAUCCCCAGCAUUGCAUACCCACGAUGGAGGACAACGAUCUGGUUCUGUGGGAGAGUCGAGUCAUCCUUAUGUACUUGGUGUCAGCGUAUGCGGAGGACGACACGCUAUAUCCCAAAGAUCUGCAGAAGAGAGCAAUGGUCGACCAGAGGAUCCAGUUUGACUUGGGUACACUCUAUCAGCGCGCUGGAGAUUACUUUUUUCCAACAAUGUUCGUGGGAGCUCCACUGGAUGAGACCAAGAAAGCCCGCUUGGCUGAGGCACUGGGAUGGAUGGAGGAGAUCCUCAAGGGUCGCACUUGGAUCGCCACGGAAGAUUUCACUAUCGCCGACCUCACAAUUUGUGUGACGAUCUCUCAAAUAGAGGCUUUUGACUUCGAAUUGGGCCCCUAUCCGAAAGUGAGGGCAUGGUUUCAGCUCUGCAAAGACAAACUCGAGCCAUUUGGCUACAAUGAGAUCAAUCAGGCUGGAGCCGAUGCUCUGGGCAAGAUGUUCCGGUCGAAGUUGCUGUAAGGAGUGAAUAA